AUCACUUCUGUGAACAAACAUGCUUAGAACAUUUUGCGGCAUAACAUUUCUCAUCACCUAUUUCCUAUAUACUGAGGGCCAAAACUAUUUUGAAUAUGGCGUGAUUGAAUCGUGCAGUGAAUCAGCAGGUACUAAUGAAAUUCUCUUCACCUUUAAUAAUGAAGUGGCUGCAUACAUGGACUUAAAUGAGAGAAAAGUGUUUUUUGUAGCACCUGACUUUGUACAAAUGCAACCUAUCUUCAGUUCACACCCCUUGGAUAAUAUUAACACAAAUUAUAUUGAAGUAACAACUUUUUGCAAAGAAGCAUUUUUCAGGACACUUUCUCUAAAUGCAUCUGAAUCUCUUGAUCUUCCUUGGAUUUCACUUUACACCAGGAAUGAUGUGAAAUUAAAUGUCAGGAACACCCUGAUUUGUUUGGUUUCUGGAUUCUUCCCUCCACCUGUCAGAGUCUUGUGGACCAAGAACAAUGUGAAUGUGACAGAUGAAUCAACUCUCACAAGAUAUUACCCCAACAAAGAUGGGACACUGAAUGUAUUUUCUCGACUGAGCUUCAUUCCAGAAGAAGGAGACAUUUACAGCUGUUCUGUGGAGCACAAAGCCCUUCAGCAACCUCAAACCAGAACAUGGGUUGUAGAGAUAAAGCAGCCCAGCAUUGGUCCAUCUGUAUUUUGUGGAGUUGGUCUGGCUCUUGGGCUGCUGGGUCUCACCACUGGAGUCUUUUGCAUUGCCAAAGGGAAAAACUGGAUAUGAUUACACUGAUACAGUAACACUGACAUAUUUGUUGUUAGUGCUGUUAGAAAUGCCAAAUACAUUUGCAUUGCAAAACCACUGUACGUCAAAUAGAUGUUAUGCUCUUCCUUUUCUGAAAACAGUAAUCUAAAAUGGUUCUGCAUUUUACAUUGUUUGGUACUCGUCUUCCUUUUGAAAAUGUAAAAUAUGAUAAAUAUGAAACAUGUUAUAACACGUUAUAUUAUUCCAACUUAUUUUGAAAUCACUCUAGUAGAUUAUGUUGUAUCAAUGUUACUGCAUUUCUGCAUAAGGUUAGUAUGGUGUACAUAGAAUGUAAAGGCUAAAAAGUUUUUUUUAUUUAGGACAACAGAAAUUUGCUCAACCAACCUACACUGUAAAAAAAAGUUGUUGAAUCAACUUAAAAUAAUUUGUUACCUGGCUGCUUUAAAAUUUUGGCAAUUUAAAUAAGUUUAGUCAACUUGAAAUGUUAAGAUGUACUAAGUGGCAGCUUAGAUUUGUGUUGACUAAACUUAAAAUUUUAAACCACAAUUUUUUUUAGUGUAAACUGGUCUCCUAAAAUCUAAAUUAGCUUCACAGAUCUUUAUUCUAAAGGGUUUAAACAAUACUUGUCAUGCUUGUUCAAUAAACCAAAGGGGAAAAAAAUAAUAAUAAUAAUAAAAAUGGAUAUAAUUAUACUGACACACUAACAAUACCAUAUUUCUUGUAGGUU